AUGAAAAAUACAUUAAUCGAUAAAUUAAAGCCUUCCAUAAUAAAAGGAGCAUUUGCUCCUUUAAUCAAAGAAACUGAUUUAAAAGUUUAUGGUAAGCAUGCAAAUGAAAUAGCUCUUACUUUUGCAAAAAGUGGGAAUUUUAUUAAAUUUGAUCUAUGCUAUGAUGAAGAGUAAUAACACAGAGUAAAGUUAGCACUCGAAUAUCUUGAACUUGUAGAAAAUUAUUAAGCCAAUUUUUUAAGUGUUCUAGCUUAUUAAAAAUGCAUUAAAAUGCAUAUGUUAAAUAAUCCUAACUUAGUUUUAUAUGAUUUAUUUGAUUGA